AUGUCUUUCGGAAGAUGUGUCUAUCGGCAUGUUAUGCGCCCGUCUUCAACAACUACCGCCACCACCGAUCAUGUCUGGGUCAGUGACGAGCUGCUCGCUUCGACGUUCCGGCGAUUCACUAGCGGCCAACGACGCUACGAGAGUCGCGUUCCAGGGCCAUUGGAGGCCAGACGACGGCUCGCCAAACGCAGGAAUACAGCAUUGGCUAGUGUAGCCGGUCCCGGGAUCUUGGAGGAUGUCGCUUGUUUGUUUGGGCGUAAUGGACGGGAGCAUAUGAAAUGGACAAAUGGGCAAGGGGGACCUCCAGUCUAUCAAUCCUCGCCACUGGAUGCUCCGGCGCACCUGGAAGACGUCUCUUAUGAGGACACCAGCGCAUUCGAGUUUGGAAACCCGUCCCUCCGUUCGCCUGGUGUCUGGGGUGCGAAUGAAGAGGUCUCAAACAGGCCCUUCGAAGAACAACUGCAGGAAUGCCGGACAGUGAGCGAAUUGAGGUAUAUAAUUCGCGCGUUGGAUAUCGACUUUCGGCGGGAGCCCGAGUACAGCCGCCUGGUAUUCGACCACUUGAUGACCCAAUUCACCUCGCGCCAGACGACCGUACAUGAGUUGUUAUUGUUUUUGGAUGACCGAAACCUGAACGUCACCGGGGCAGAUAAUUACCUCAAGGUCAUAGAGCACUUUGUCUCCCGUGGAGCUCCAUGGAAUAACGAUGAUCCCUUGUUUAAUGCUGUCCUUCAAGGGCUUGAGCUCGGACUCGUUUCAACAACAGAAAUAACGGGGAUAGUAGAGAGACUUUCGGGUGCGAAUAAUUUGACAGAUUUUCAUAUCGAGGUUUAUCGCUUCAUGUGGGACGCUAUUGGCAGAUGUGGAAUAUACGGGCACAAGGACCUGGGCGUGGCUAUUAUUGACAGAUGGCUCGAUGCUAUCCUGAAAAGCGGCACGCACAGAGGCUACCAACUGGCGAGUGACAUCUUAUCGGAUGCUGAUCAUGCUGUCUCGAACAAAAUCUCGUGGUUGCAGAAGUUCAUCUCAAGGUGGCUUGAAGACAGCCCUAUGUUGACAGGACAGUUGCCCAAUGAUGGAGAUCAUGUUGCCAGUUUUUUGGAACCAUUCCCUGCGGACUUGGUUUCCCAAUCAUUGAUUUCGGUUACCAAGGGCCUGGUCGCUGCCGGGGAGCCACACCUGCUCAAAAGAUGGGUUGGCUGGCUACGGAAGGUCCCAAAUAGGUCUGAUAUUGUCUCAUCCCCCGUCUGGGCUGAUGAUCAUCAAAUGCUCGUACUUCACAGCGGUGCAUCCCAUCGAGAACCUAUGUCACUGCGCCACCAGAUAAUACAACGUCUUUGGGUGCUACACGUGAUCUUCCCUUGCAGGCGCGGGGAGCGGCUCCAUGAGACCCUCCACAAGCUCUAUCGGCUUUAUGACAUGGCGAGGCGCCACGGCGACGAGGACUUGUGGGCCAAUCUGACCAAGGGUAUCCAUGACCUGAAACUUCCUUGGAAAGACUUAGCGGAUGUACUCUACUACACGAGACGACUUCGUGACCCACGAGUCUGUAACAUACGCAGAACCAGAAAAGCUCUCCAAAUCUACCGAUCCGAACCACUAUCUUUCUUCGACUUCCUCGCAGAUGGUCCAGCCUCCCAAGCCGCCUUUCACCACUUUUUCCUCAAUAUGGAAAAGAUGAUCCGUCGAAUCGAUAUAACAAGCCCCGCUUUCCUCGAAAACGCCCUCUUCAUCGCUCGUAGCGGCGACAUGAAGAAAAUCAGUAUCAUAGUCCGCAUCCUCUGCGCUCACACCCCUCUCAAGAUCGCCAUAUCGCAGGCCUGGCGCGCGCCAGACUCAGGUAAACUCGCUCGGAAACACAGAUCCACAUACCAGCCGAACCCGCAUACCUCACUAGAGAUGAUCAAUGCGCUAGCGACUGCCUUCGCGGGCUCCGAGCGAAUACCCCCGCGUAAAGCGUUCGAGUUGGUCUACUGGCUUUAUCGGUUCUGCUAUCAGCAUAAUGCGCCGAUAAGGCCGAAGUUGGUGCGUGCGCUGUACCAUGCUGGUGUAGUGAGAUUCCGGGAAAAGGGUUUGCGGGUGUCGGCUCCGCGGUAUGAUUUCAUUUGGAAUGCUAUUGAGGCGGCGGAGUCGCCGGAGGUUGUAAGGGCGAUGCUGGAGCGGAAGGGGUUCUGA